AUGGCGAACAAGUUUGGAUUAGGUUCUUUAUCUUUAGAAACUAAAAAACCUAACACUACAGCGUGGAUAAAUAAAGCGAAACCUUACUUUGUGGAUCAAAUCGGAGACACUCUUCAAGGUGAUUUAGAUAUGAACAAUUUCAAAGUCACUAAUUUAAAGUCUCCGGAAAACGAUAAUGACACCGUUCACAAAAAAUAUUUACGGGAUCAAAUAAAUUCAAUUGAAGUAAAAGUUGAAUCAAUAUUCUUCAGACAAAACCAAAAUUCUUCUAUUAAAUUUAACGCUCAAAAAGUUCUUCAGUUUAUCAAUGGUACAAAAAAUGUAGAAAUUAAAGAAUAUGAAAGUAACGACGAAAACAACAAGGGUGAUCUCUUGAAUGAAAUUAAAACGAGUGGAAAAUAUAAAAAUAGGUUUAGAAUGUUGAUCAUACAAGAUAAAAAAAAUUAUCAACUUUAUUUAGGUAGUUUUAAUAUGAUAUUGGAAACGGAAAGUCCACCAUCAUAUUAUGAACCUUAUCUCUGA